UUCAGAAGUUUACGCCGUGUGGCCAAGGAAGUAAAACUGCAUCGGCAGUGUUUGUGCGAGCGAGAGGGGAGUUCCGAUUUAUUUUGCACAUUCCGAGUGAAGAGAGAGACAAUGCAAUCAGAGUAUGUUUUCAGAUUGAACUCGCCCAUUGGUUUUACUUGGAUUUCUACAUGCAAAACACACCAGGAUUACCUCAGUGUGGGAUAAGAGAUUUUGCUAAAGCUGUCUUCAGUCACUGCCCUUUUUUACUGCCUCAAGGUGAAGAUGUACAAAAGGUUUUAGAUGAAUGGAAGGAAUAUAAAAUGGGAGUGCCAACCUAUGGUGCAAUUAUUCUCGAUGAAACACUUGAAAAUGUUCUUUUGGUCCAGGGCUAUUUAGCAAAGUCUGGUUGGGGAUUUCCAAAAGGGAAAGUAAAUAAAGAGGAGGCUCCUCAUGACUGUGCUGCUAGAGAGGUAUUUGAAGAAACCGGGUUUGACAUAAAAGAUUAUAUCUGCAAAGAAGAAUACAUCGAGCUGCGAAUUAAUGAUCAGUUAGCACGGCUGUACAUCAUUCCAGGAGUUCCAAAGAACACAAAAUUCAACCCUAAAACUAGAAGGGAAAUUCGGAAUAUUGAAUGGUUUUCCAUCGACAAAUUACCAUGCCACAGGAAUGACAUGACCCCAAAGUCCAAGCUAGGUUUAGCACCUAACAAAUUUUUUAUGGCCAUUCCUUUCAUCAGGCCACUGAGGGAAUGGAUUUCUCGAAGGAAUGGAGAUUCCUCGGAUAGCGACAAUGGAUUUUCAUCUACUGGGAGCACACCCUCUAAGCUCAACAUGGAAAAAGCGAGAUCCAAACUUCGCUGUAGUCAGCAGGUGUUUACAGACGGCUUUUCAGGAGAGCAGUGGGUAAAGCCAAAACAGCCACAGAAGCCAUAUAAUCAUCCUGAGAUGUCUGAAGCUUUAAAAAUAAAGAACUUGAGGGGCAAUGGCAGAAAGCAAUAUCAAGACACUCCCAGCCAAAAGAAGCGAACAAAUGGAGUCCACAGUCAACCAGCUAAGCAAAACCACGCCUUGAAAUGUGAAAAAAGGCUUAAUCCAAGAAGACUUCAAGAUAACUUUGAAACAGCAGAUGCAGCGUAUGAGAUAUGUUGCUCCAGCGAAGACCCACUGCCUGAACAUGUAGAGGGACAGUCUGUGGCAUGCAAUGGCCAUUACAAAUCUGCAUUCUCAUCGAGAGCUUUCUUGAGCUUCAAGUUUGACCAUGAUGCCAUAAUGAAAAGUUUUGACCUCUGACAGCAAACCUGUUAAGAACAAAAAUCAGACUUGCCUGUUGCAAUUGAGUGGGUUUCUAAUCCAGCCUUACUCUUUCUCAGGAGUUUUUUUGGGGGGAGGGGAGGAAUGAUUUUUGGUUUUGGUUUUUUGUGUGUGUGUGUGUGUGUCUUUUUCUUUGGCUAUGCAAUGCAGGAAUUGACUGAUGGUUUGGAAGGGUCUGUUUUCUUUGCAGUAUGGGAGAGGCAUGGUGAAGUGUUGCACUUUAAAUGCACUAUCGCCUUUGUCCACAAAAGUACCUUUCCAGUGUGUUCAGUUCACUAUUCCUAGCUGUGCAUUAGAGGGCAUUUUUUUCUUGUUUUUUUAACUUGCUAUGUAUUUUUUUUUAACUGUUGGCCGUAUACCAGCUUGCUAAACUUUUAACUAGUCUAACGUGAAGUUGUUGGAAUUGUUGCUCUUCAUUUUCUAGUACAUUGCAAUAGUACGGCAGUGGCAAUGAAAGUGAUUCUCAGAGGAAUCCUUUGUCUGUCCUAGUAAUUUUGAAACCCUAAGUUGCACAUUUCAAACCUAGCCUCAACCUUUCAUUCUUUUUCUUUUCCAUUUUUUUGCCCCAAAAUAUCCUCCCUCCUUCACACUGAAAGUUAUUGUUCAUUGGCCAGCAAUCAGUAAACCUUGGAGUUGAAUCUAUAGCAUUUUGCCGCCUUGUACCUACUCUGCUUCUGUCUUCAGUGAGGAUGCUCAAACUGGGUAGAACUUAGCCGUUCAAAACAUCUAGCCUCGGUUCUAAGAACUGCCCCAAACUGGGGAGAAGUUAAAAGUUUUGUGUUAGCCAUUUGCAGCUGCUCUCCAAAAAGAAAGGCUUAAACUUUUUUUUGGUUAGAGGUUACUUGUGUAGCAUUUGUAUUGAAUGUAAAUAAGCCUCUGGAUCUUGCUGAGAGGAAGAAGGCAGGUGCAUGGAUAAUAGAAGCAUUGUGUGACACUAAAUGGCUUUUAAUCAGGCUUGCAAUAACUAUUCUGAGAGUGCCGAUUAUUAUAUUCUGUGCUGAUGUCCUUAGAUCUCUAGCGUAGUGUAUGUUCUGUAUAUAUCCAAUAGUAUUGAUUUGCACUUGCAGCUAGCAUUUGAAUGAUGUAGCCUCAGUCACUUGCAGCUACAACACUUAAUAACAGUAUCAAAGAUGUGAAGAAAAAAAUAGCAGUAGGAGUUGAGGUGACAAACUGUAUGAAAUCUGUUCUUCGUGAUUCAAAUUAAGGGGUUUUGAAUACAUGCUUUGCAGUUGGGAAAAAUGUACUGUCCUUGUUUGUCACAGUGGCUCGUAACAAAAGCAUGUUGUCCCAGAUCUUACAACGGACCCUUCUGUAAAAUAAGGGUGUGCAAAUGAUUAUUUGACAGGUGGGCCCUCUUCUCCCAUCAGAGUGAACGUUCAUGCACUGAGUCUUUCUUUACACAACUCAUGUGGUAUCCAAAAAAACUCACAAUCCUGGUCUUCCUUCAACUACCCUACAUCAUCUAUUGCCUAGUAUUUUUUUUUUUUUUUCCCCUCAAAAAUGGCUUUAGAGCUAUCUUCUGGUUUAUUUAUCUGCCUGGCACCAGGUGAUUUGGGACUUUUAACGCUGUAGCACUUUUGGCUGUGGGAAGCCUGAACUCCUGUAUGAGUUAACAGGAGAAACAGACUGCAGGACUGCAGCAUUUCCUCCCUCUGGAGAACAAGAGUCUUGAGGGCCUUGUUGUUCAGGACCAAGUUGUGAAAUAACUCAUUCUAGCUUUGGUUCACCUUGUAAAAAGAAUUAGUAUCCAAAGGCUGUUCAAAACAGUAAAUGGGUAAGUGCAGCAACUGAGAGGGUGGGAUAGUGCUGGAGGAUGCUAAAUUAACUCAGCUUCAGGUGAAAACUAAUCUUUAGUUCCUUCUUCACUGCAAGUAGUUGAUUUCCCAGCAAAAGUGCCUUUACUCAUGGCAAGGCAGAAGUUUGUAUUCAUAUCUCCAGGUUGCUGCUGCUGCUGCCUGUGGAGUUAACGAGCCUCUCCUAAGGCAUGAUUAAAUAUCAGACUGUGGAAAUCUUUAAUAAGUAAGUUGACUUUUCAGAUAAAUUACUUUCAUGCUCUGUGAAAUAAGGGGGUGUUUGCUGAAACUGUAUGUACUUUGAACUUGUAAGUUCAAAUAAACUAUUGAGAUAGUAAAUCAUGUUACAGACAGAGGAAGUCUCUAAAAUGAAGCAAGUGCCUCCUAUGAAUAGGAGAUGCUGGCCCUCCUCUGUAUUCACUGGGUCUUUUUCUUUUUUUUUUUUUUUUUUUUAAAUCUUCUUAAUGAAGGUUUGGUUCAGUAUAAAAGAAACUAGUUGCUUCAUUAAGAAGCCCAAAGAGGGGGCUUAUAGAUAUGUCCUGGUUUUUAGUAAAUCUAGCCUUAACGUGCAUUGCAAAUAAAUGUGAUUAAAUAUGCAAUAACUUUUACUACUUUGUAUAAGGGUACUGUUUCUUGUAUUUGUUAGCAUUGCUUUCUGCUUUCUCAGUAAGGUUUCCAGAACAACGCAGGUGUGGUGGUGUCGCGUCAUCUACCUUAGGCUCCAGGGUGCCCUGCACCGUGAACGUUUCAGAUUGUUUACUCUUCCUAGUUUAUGUUCUUAUUUCACCAUCAUUUUAUAAUUAAGUCUAUUUCCCGGUUUAGGAGUGCAGUUUACAUGUGUUUCUGUAAAACAGUGAAGAAAUAACAAAAGUGGUAAUGGAUUUUUUUUUUUUUUUUAAUUUCAUGGGAGUGGGGGAUAAAUACAGAGAACCAAGAGUCACUGCUUGCAUGUCAGAGCUGAGGUCAAGAUACUUGAAAAAUAAACAUCAUUCUACUACUUAUGUUUGGAGCAAAAACAAGUCAGAAUGCUUGCCUGCAAGGGGUUUAUUCAAAUUGUGAAUGGUCAUCUAUCACUGUCCUUGAAAUUAAAAAAAAAAUUAAUAAAAUGACCAAACAUUUAACAAAAAGAAACAAUAAACACGUGGGUCUUGAGAGUCUAGACUAUUAGUUUGCAGUUUCUAGUACUGUAUAACUCUCCUGUCUUAGUAGUGUGAGAUUUCUAGAAUCUCGCUUUUCCAGAAUGCUUUGCACUUUGACUGAAAAGUGAUCUGCCUAACUGCAUUAUGUAUGUAGAAAUAUUAACUUCAACUCCUUGAUGUACAUGCAUGCUUUUGAAAGAAGCUAUCUAUCUUGUACAGUUUGAAGUCUGGGAAAAGUGGUACUGGGAAGAAGCAGGGCAACAGCUUUAUUUAUUGCACAGUCACAGUUUUUUUUUUUAAAAAACAUAAUGUAAAAUUUUUUAGACCAAACUUACUUACAUAAAUAGUGUUUAUUAAAAUUUUGGUCUUCAUCACUGUUCCAGGCUGCUUUGCUGUGCUCCAGAGUUCCUGUGCUUUACCGUGGAGUGUUGAGAACAACGUUUGCUGUGUUCUUGCUUCACCUACUUGUGGCUGUUACGUAUGCCAAUAGUUCCUUUCAAAAACAAGGCAGGCUUUGCAACUUGGCUCUUCCUAGUAGACUUGCUCUCAGAUUGUUUUCCAACUCUUAUACUUAACAUUGUAGGCUUUCCUGGUGACUUGUAGUGUAUAGCAGUAGCGCUUUCUUGAUGAUGUGUAGGCUGUAGCAUCACUCAUAACGUGCUGGUGUGAAGAGCAAGUCUACAUUAAGAAGCCAAGCUCUAAUAUGCUGUGGUAUACAGCAUGGUACUGCGGGUCUGUGGGUGACUGGCUUUCCAGUUGUUGGGUCAGUGGGCUGCUUAAUUUUUCAGCUACCUGUUUGGUUUUUGUUUUGUUUUGUUUUUUUUAUAAAUUCUGAACAACAGGGGUUUGUGUGCUUGUGUUUUUUUUUUUCUCUUUUCUUUCCAGAGGCUGAAAAUCAGGUGCCUUCAUCUUGUAAAUUAGGAGGUUACUCUAUACACAUUUUUAGGAAGCUCAAAACUAUUGAGACCUGGUAGAAUAGCCUCUCAUUGAUUUUUAAAAGCAGUUUCUCUACUUAAAGAAAUUAAAACUUGCACUGUAACUGUUAAAGAGUCUGGUGCUUUUACAUGACUUCAUACUAAUUUCAGAUUGCUUUUGUUAUUGUAGUAUUUCAGCUUUUGAAACAACCAAAAUUAUUUAAGAUGGGGUAAGUUUUCUACAAACUAACUGAAGGUGCUUUUGCAGUAAAUUAGGCCUGGAAAUGUCACUACUCUUGCGUAAUAGGUAUUUGUUCUUAUGCAUUUGUAGCAAUAGUCUAGUUCAAGAAUGAAAGUAGUAGGCUAACUGCUAGUAUUUGCACUGUUCUUAAUACUGUACAUAGGCACUGAGAGGAGAUGCAGUAGGAUUUUUGCUGUGUGUGCAUUUUCACUGUUUCAAGUAGGUUGUGAACUUAAAGCAAGGCAACAUAUGUAGCAAUUCCAUUGGCCAUAUUCAGGAUCAUACCAAGAGGGGGGAAAAAAAAAUCUGGAUUAGCAGGAGUACGUUAUAAUUAAAUGCUUGGGUUUUAACUUGUCUUUUCAUUGAAAAUUUUAGGUUAAAAUACUCGUGUAUAGCUUUGCCUAUAUUCACUUUGACUAUAACACCUAUAUUCAUGCUUAGAGGUCUCAUUGUGGGCACUUCUGGGAAGCGACCGCAAUUCAUUCCUCAAUACUAGCAGAACAAAAGAAAGCAUGCUGACCUACAAUUACUUAAAAGUAAUUGUCAGACAGCUUGACAGGGUACAGAAUAUUUAAAUUUGAAUAGGUCCACCAUGAACUUUACUGUAUAAGUUGUUCAAAAGAUAAGUAUUUUGUCAAGCUUAAACACUUCUUUAAUUGUUGAUCAGAAAAACUAAUUUUCAUUUUGUUUCCAUUAGGAGUUCAAUAUGCUUAAGAAAAUAGUUAUAGCUCAUGAAGCAUUAAUUGUUUUAAAACAAGCAUGUAUACCUUUUUAAAGACAUAACUAGCACCACCUCAGUUCCCUGUAACACAUGAGCCACUAUGAGAAGCAUUUACUUUGACUACAAAUGUUUUAAGCAUAUUUAAAUAAAAUCAGUAAAUGAGGAAGAUGAUCCAUUUAUUCCUACUCAUUGGGUACAUACUUAUAUUAUGCAGGAAAGUUAGUUAUGUAAAAUUGCACGAUUAAAAGUUCUAGCAAAUAUUUCUCAAGCCUGUACUUACAGCACGAUUCUUAAGUGAGCUGGUAUGGCUGCACAGCAGUGCAGCGUUUGGGAACACUUCACACCUGAGGAGCAGUGAGGCUGGGCUAGCGCAGCAUGGUAACAUUAAAAAAAAAAAAAAAAACCAAAAACCAAAACCUGCAGAGAGAGGUGGGUUUUUGUUUAUAGACUUUGGGGUAAUACUGUAUUGCUGUACACAUUUUAGGACCUGUCUGUCCAAAGAGAUAGAUCCUGUGCAGCACUCCAUGCAGAAAAAUAGGGAGCCGGUGUUUUAUUAUAGAGCUCAUUCAUAUGUGAAAGAUGACCUGUCUUCCUCUUGAUUUUGUAAGACUCAAGAACUUGAUCCAUUUUCCUCACUGGUAUGUAAGUAAGUAAGUGGUGUUGUAUCAGUACUAGCUUAGUAGAAAGUAUUUACAGCUAAGUGCGAGUUAAAUGCCAUGUCAAGUUGCAGAUUUUAUUCAACUUGCUUAAACCAUUAUGUUAUUUUGAAGAGUAGUUUGCAUUAGUCAGCUCUUCAAUUUGAGUAGGUAAAAUCUGUGACUACCUGUAACAUAUGUUGUACUAAUGGCUGUGGUUUUAAUCGUUGUUCGCUGAUUCAGAAACUGAAGCACAUCAUUUAAGAGGCUAUGACUAAACUGACAUUUUCUUUUCUACUGUAAUUUCUCUGUGAAGUUAAAGUCAAUGACUUCAUAACUUACUGUAGUAAUGAAAUAUGAACAUUACUGUUUGCAGUGUGAAAUGUAAAGGCUGUGCUGCUGGUACAGUUUAUUCUUUCAUGAUAGAAUGUUUAAACUAAUGUUGCCUUAAGCCAAUUAGCAGCACUGAUUUAUAUGUACGUGCCAGUAAAAGAAGUAUUUUUUAAAGUCAAUUGUGAAGGUGGACAGGGGGCCCAUCGAACAAUAGGAAGCAAAAUUUAUUUUAAAAGGGGUCUGGUGUGUUGAAGAAAGGAAGUAUGUCAACCUUAAUAAGUGCUUUGAAAGUAUUUAUGAAAUGACAGAGUUUUUGGUCCAUAAAGCUUGUCAUUAAAAGAACUGGAUAUGUGGAAACAGUUUCAUAUGUGCUUUUCUAUUUCUGUAAAGUUUUCAUUGAAGCUGUGAAGGCGGGUCUGUGGCAAGUCUUAAUGUUUUUGAGCUCAGUUAAAACCACGGAUCGAUCAGAUCACGCUGAGUUCAACAUCGCACGUCCCCCUUAUGGUAACUCCUCACAGUGCCGUACCAUCCACCUCCCUUACUGACUUCACGUAGAGAAAGAUUACGGUAUAGUGUUACCUUUUAGCAGAACCGCUCAGCAAUAUGACGACAGGUAUGUUGAAGAAACACCAGAAGAAAAGACAUAGCAUUAGAAAUUUAUUCAGAAUAUAAGAACAUUUGUAAAAUAAAAGUAUUAUAAAUGUCUCUGUAUAAAUAAAUGCAGUUUUUACAAUUCUAUAUCAAAUAAACACAAAAUAGCUAUUUUACAGCGGCUAGGAAACUAAAAAGCAGCAAUACGUUUAAAGCUAAUUCAGUAAGCUGAAAGGUUUCUAAUCUUACAAUGUACAAUAUUAAAUGAGUUUUUAAAUGAGAAAUUCCUAAUAAAAACAGUAGAACAAUACUGACAUUAAUGCAAAUUUAGUGACAUGUGCUUUGUAAUAGCUAGCAGUACAUUCAAGCUGGUGAAGAUUUAUACACGUAACUAGAAAAAGUACUGUUUUUUUUCUGAACGCAAAGUGAAAUGUAAAGUCUCAUGCACUCUAGCAAUUCAGAAAGUGAAAAAAUAAAAUACAAACUAAGA